UUGCGGAGAAUCACACGCUUCUUAGUUCUUAGCCUUCUUGUGAAUAAUCACAGACUAGUUUCCUGUCUCGUCGCCUGAGAACACCAGAAAGAGACACACAGAAGAAAGCAGAAAGGAAAAUAGAAGCAGCAUAUGAAAAUGGGAUCAACAAACCCAUUCAAAGACCAAUCUUUCUCCUUCCCCAAGAAACUCUUCCCCUUCGCUCUCUAUGCUCUUCUUGCCAUUGCUCUCCUUCGUUUAUACUUUUACCCUCUUCGUCUUCCUCCUUCUCCAGAUUCUUCUCAUCUUCCUCAAUCUACCGUCCCCAUCUCAUCUCACUCUUCCUUCUCUCCUCCUGCUGCUUCUUCUUCAGUAUCUUCUUCAGCAGAAGAAGCUAGACCCAAUGAGACUCCAUGUGACUACUUCAAUGGCAAAUGGGUCCGUGACAACAGAGGCCCUUUAUACAACGGUACGACCUGUGGAACAAUCAAGGAAGGUCAGAACUGUAUUAGCCAUGGAAGACCUGACACAGGCUAUCUCUAUUGGAGAUGGAAACCCACACACUGCGACCUCGCCAGGUUCGAACCCCAAUCUUUUCUUCAACUUGUCAGGCACAAGCACUUAGCUUUUGUGGGUGAUUCCAUGGCUAGAAACCAAUUAGAGUCACUUCUCUGUAUGUUAGCCACUGUUUCCACCCCAAAUCUGGUCUAUAGAAAUGGGGAAGACAACAAAUUUCGCAGAUGGCGUUUUGCUUCUCACAAUGUCACUAUAUCUGUGUAUUGGUCUCCAUUUCUGGUAAAAGGGGUUGAGAAAUCAAGCACAGGACCAAAUCAUAAUGAACUCUACUUAGAUCUUGUUGAUGAGAGAUGGGCAAAGGAUCUAAAUCAAAUAGACUUGAUAGUGCUUUCAAUAGGUCACUGGUUUCUGCAUCCUGCAGUAUACUAUGAGGGUGACUCAGUAUUAGGCUGCCAUUACUGUCCUGGUUUGAAUCACACAGAAAUUGGAUUCUAUGAUGUGUUGAGAAAGGCUUUGAGGACUACCCUUAAGAGCAUAAUUGAAAGAACAAGUGUUUAUAAUAAUAGAGACGGAAUCAAAGUAACAGUGACAACAUUUUCUCCUGCACAUUUUGAAGGUGAGUGGGAUAAGGCUGGGGCAUGUCCUAAGACUGAGCCAUUCAGAGAGGAAGAGAAGGAACUUGAAGGGAUGGAUUCUGAUAUGAGGAAGAUUGAGGUUGAAGAAGUGGAAGGUGCUAAGGCUAAUUAUAAUGAGAAAUUUGGAAGGGGUCUCAGAUUGGAGGCAAUGGAUGUGACUAAACUGGCUUUGAUGAGGCCGGAUGGGCAUCCAGGUCCUUACAUGUAUCCUUUUCCAUUUGCUGAUGGAGCCAAAGAGAGAGUUCAGAAUGAUUGUGUUCAUUGGUGCUUGCCUGGUCCUAUAGAUACUUGGAAUGAGAUUUUUCUGCAGAUGAUCAACAAGUGGAAUAAUAAUGAUCAGCCCACCAGUUCUUGGGUGAAUUGAUUGUAGCUAACGAACCCAAUGACAGAUGAACAUUCAGUCUCACUAUGAUUUAUGUAUUCAGGUUCUCUCCUUUGAUAUCUUUUUAGCUAUCAAAGGAGAGGAGUCGAACUUCUUAGUUAUCGUCAGUUAGUCUGUAUCUUGCUUUUGUUUUUAGUCUUGUCAAGUGUCUGGUCCAUUUGGAUGAUGGACAUUGCGUUAGAACAGAGAUUUUUUGGUUUCUUUGAAAAAUAAAUUUGGGGUUCUAGGUACAGAUUGGUUUAGUUUUAAUUCAGAUUGGGCUGUGCUGUCUCACAAUGGAAAUGCAGAGACAAAUACGGCAAAACCAGAUAUUAAUGUAAAUUAGUCAUUUAGAACUUAAAUUACUUUUGGGGGUGGAUUCUUCUAUUGCUAGAUGUUUACCUUAUGCAGUGUAAUAUUUGACUCAAUAAAAAAAAUAUUUUUG